GUUUCAGGAUACCUCUCAGUUGAUUUCAAGGAGAUGCGAUGUACGUCGGUGUCAGCUAGUCUUUUCUUUUUUUAUUUAUCAAUCCGCAAUGUAUUCACUUAUACUGCACAUAUCGAAGACCCUUCUAGAAUAGAGCUUGACAUGUUCGACUGGACAGCCGGUGUACGGGUAGCUUAUUGUGUUGAUUCGCCUCUCCCUGAUCUCAUUUCUCCUUUCCGCCGGACAAUGGCAAAAGUGGUGACAAAAUAUUGCCAGAAUGCAACUGCUUGCAAUCUGAGAAGCUCCCUGAUUUUUGGUCCGGAGCAAAUUGUAAUUCUAGAAGGAUUUCCCAGGCGGGAAUCUUUAACAAUACAAAUCAAAUUUUUCGUUCUCUUGCCACAUUCCUCGAAUCCAAAUUUACGCCAACAAAGGCCUUUCUUGCCGAGACAAGUUCUAUCAGAUAUUUUACAAAAACAUCAUCAAGAAAUUGCAAAUAGGCUAGGAUGGCAUAUCAUUGCAUAUGAAAGAUAUCCGCGGUUUGACAGUAUGACGGAAUUCAUGAAUGUUGCAAUCAUUCCAAUUGUUAUAGUUUCAUUAUCACUAAUGGUAUUCCUAGCGUAUUGGGUUUCAACGCUGAGGCCAAAUUCCGGAUCCGAUACUUGGAUGGUAACUGGAUCAGCAGGUGGUAAAAACGCCGCUCUCCGAAGAACAAUGGAGAUUAUAGCGGAACAAAAUGAGGAGUAUGAACGUCAGGAAAGAUACGCCCUGACAAAACAUGUUGUUGCAACUUCUGGUCAUGAAGGUAUCACUACAACAGGAGAGUUAUUAUUAAAUGUGGCGAGGUUAUCAAUGGCAUCUUCACAAGCCCCAUCAUCUGCUCAAUCACCUCAAAUAUUUAUUCAACCUGGAAGUUCGAGCUCCUCAUCUGUCCCGCGAACCUCUAUAGUGUCGUUACACGGCGGCAAAGAGCUGCUUCACGUAAAACCUAGACAUUCGCGUCGGCCAUCUUCAGUGGAGGAAAUUAAAAAAGCGAGACGCAUGCGCGGUCAUCGAAAGUCGGAAUCAAAACAGUGGAAAUCGGGAAGUCUGAUGUUAGCUGGAUUUCGAAGGACAUAAAUCACCACAUACACAUCAAAUAAUGAUUUCAAUUUCAUCCAUUUUAUUAUUCAAUUGCACAAAUUGUUCAUGAUUUUACGUGUCAGAUCGUCAAAUAGAGUUUAAUACAAUUAUUAGUUGUGA